UGGCUAGACAGCUACUACGGAUCGAAGACCUACAGCUAGCUAGCUUGCUCACUCACCAGAAUUUAUUAGUCUAUGUCCUCUAAUAGUAAUUACAGCUUCAUUUUAGGAUCCGAACCUUUCAGAUCUGCAAACAAUUGAUCAGAAAGAAGCGAGAAAUCCCUCAAAUCUCCAAAAUGCUGGGCGGGGAUAGCCAUAACCAUCGACCCGAGCAGUCCCUCCAUAUGAAGGAGAAUGACAAGUUCUUCUCUAGGCUCUUGUCCAAGGAAACAUCCGUGGCCAACUCUUCUUGCAGGGUUCCUUACUAUGGAAGAGAAUCAGGUGCAGUUCCAUUCAUGUGGGAGUCACGGCCAGGCACCCCGAAGCACACCUUCUCGGAGGCCUCUCUCCCUCCCCUUACACCCCCUCCUUCCUAUUAUUCCACUUCCAAGCUGUACUCCACGAAGAAGAACUCAAAGCCAGACCCAUUCUACAAGAUUUUCCUCAAGCUAACUUCGAGGAAGGCCCUCGUGUCUCCAUCGUCAUCGCUCUCAUCAGUCUCGUCGUCGUCGUUGUCAUCAUGGUCGUCGGCAUAUAAUUUAUCACCGCCAGCUUCGAUGAAACGAGAAUAUAAUCUGGGGCGCUACUCUUCCUCGUAUCCAAGAUCAACAACUUCAAGUACAUCGUGCUUUGGUGCGAGGCAUAGAACUUCAAAUUGGUUCGGAUGCUGCUACCCAAUGAAGAAUACGUUCUUGUCCAUUGUAGGCCAUGGAUCAUCAGGCCGAGGUACAGCCCAGGGACUUUUUGUAUGAUGCUGAUUUUUUUUUUAGUAUCGUGUACGUAGGAACUUAAUUAUAUCUUCUAGAAACUUUAAUUAUCAUGUAUGAUGUUGGCUGUGUUCGACGUCAGUUCGCUCGUUGAUAUGAUCAUUAAUGUUAAUUUCAUUUCCAAAGUUUC